GGCAACAGUGAUAAAAGAACAACUGCACGUGUUUGAUUUUGAAAUUCUGUUAGAUUUGUCAGCGCUCUAAUUUAUUUGUUAAAAUAAUAAAUAAUGGCAGAAGAGGUGGAAGAGGGCGUGCCGCCAGAGCCAAGCAUAGACUUUGUUCCAGCGCUGUGUUUUGUACCCCGUGGAGUCACCAAGGAGCGUCCCGAUAAAAUUGUGCUGACACAAGCAGAGCUUGCACGAAUUAUUGGCGAGACGCAGAACAUGCUGGAGGAGAAUGAGGACGAAGAUGACGAUGAAGACGGAGACGGUAUGGAAGUGGACAACGAGGAGGUGGCUCCAAGUGCCGGCAAUGAAAACCACAAUCCACAAGACGAGUUUAAUUUCGACAAUUACGAAAACGAGGAGAAUUCAACAGUGACAAACUUGGCCAACGUUGUGGACGCCGAUCAGCAGGUGCCGGACGAGGACGAAGACUCUGAGGCUGAAGACGAAGUGAUUAAGCCAACAGACAACUUGGUGCUAGUUGGACAUGUACAGGACGAUGCAGCUAGCAUGGAGGUCUGGGUAUUCAACCAGGAGGAGGAGGCUCUUUACACACACCACGACUUUCUGCUUCCCAGUUUUCCGCUCUGCAUCGAGUGGAUGAACCAUGAUGCGGGCAGCGACAAGCCGGGUAACAUGUGCGCCAUUGGCUGCAUGGAUCCGAUCAUCACAAUCUGGGAUCUGGACAUACAGGACUCCAUUGAGCCAACAUUCAAACUGGGCUCCAAGGGAAACCGCAAGAAGCAGAAGGAACAGUAUGGUCACAAAGAUGCUGUACUCGAUUUAUCGUGGAAUGCUCAAUUCGAGCAUAUACUGGCGAGUGGAUCGGUGGACCAGACACUCAUCCUGUGGGACAUGGACGAGGGCCAACCUCACACUACAAUUACCGCCUUUGAAGAGAAGGUGCAGUCCAUAGAGUUCCAUCCAGAGGAUGCGCAGAGCAUCCUAACAGGCUGUGCCGACGGAUUGGUGCGUCUAUUCGACUGUCGCGACGCCGAGAGCGUCAAUUCGUCCUUCAUCAAAUGGCAGACUAACGGCGAGGUGGAGAAGGUGCUCUGGCAUCCGACAGAGACCAACUACUUCAUCAUCGGCUCCAACGACGGCAGCUUGCACUACGCCGACAGACGCAAACCCAACGAGCUGCUGUGGUCCGUCAAGGCUCACAAUGAGGAAAUCUCCGGCGUGUGCUUCAACAAACUAAUGCCGAAUCUACUCACCUCCACGUCCACAGAGGGUGCCCUCAAGAUCUGGAACUUCAAUACGACCGAGGCAAAGCACGUCUACGAGCACGACUUCAACAUGGGACGUCUGCAGUGUAUGCGACAAUGUCCGGACGAUCCCUACACACUGGCCUUUGGCGGAGAGAAGCCUCCACGCUGCUCCGUCUUUAACAUCAAGAACUUUGAGGCAGUGCGUCGGACAUUCGGCAUUACAGAUGUGGAGUGAAGAAUCUGCACAACCUCUACACCUGUACACUCUGUAAACAAUUCCCCAAUCCGUUCUGAAAUUUAUACAUUUAUAUAGAUGUUAUGUACAUAUAAAGAGUAUGUAUAUCAAAUAAGAUUUAUAUCCUUCGGGAUCCAAAUAA